AUGACCUCUUUUUUCCAGCCCGGGUCCAACGACCCGGCCAUUUUGGAAUGCGCGCACUCCAAAUUCGCCGUUUACUGCAACUCCCCCAUUCCCAAGGACAACCUUCUUCAAUCGUGGUAUCAACAAGUGACUCUUGCUGUUGGGGCUUCGUCUCUCCUUCUUCCCACUGUACUGUUCGUCGCACUACUCGCGAGGCAAUCGUGGUUCUCGCGAAUUUUCAAGCAUCUGGCAGAGCGCUUGCGGAGGAAGCAAUUUGUAUAUCAGAAUGUUGGCUCAGGGCCCCAUUUGGCGUCGUUCCAGUCCACAAGGUCGUUCAAGGUCUUCAUGCUAGAAACUCAAAGGCAAGCAAGUUUUGACGAGCAAAGGAGUUAUGACCUAGCCAUCUUUCCGCUCACCGUUGGCGAGCUGAGUGGUGAUGACGCAUGGGAUGGAUUAAGCAUGGCAGGCACCGCAUGUCACGAAGUCACGAACCUGGCCUAUGUCGACCUCAAAGACAUGGAGCCAGCGGCGCUUGAGCCGCCGGACAUUGCCUCGACAACGGAGUACCUGGUUCGCAGUUGCAUUCGGAACAGCUUGGCUGGUUUGGCUCUUCGGCCCUCGUCAACAACGCCAAACAAAAACGUGGAGCAGCUUCUUCAACGGCUGCAUUACUGUGAUGUCUCCGUCCUACUGCUUUGUCACCAUGACUCUGCAGACAUAGACUCGCUGAGCUUCCAGUACGCGUCUGGGGUCAUCCUUGAAAAUGCAUGCAUCUUGCCCAAUGGUCAGCGGAGAGACUACUUCAAAGCCAAACGGCUCCGCGAGGUCAUGGUUAGGUGCGCCACCGAGCGCAGAAAGCGGCCCGGGUUUUUUGUCGGCUUCUCGGAGAUGUGGGAAAAUCGUCCACACCCUUCAGUCGUUCGACGAGCCGUCAAGCUUGCGGAGCAUUUCGGCGCCGUCGUCGAACAUGGCUCGGCAGACCCAAACGCGAAACUGGAGAGACCGCCCAGGGACGCCGCGUUUACGCUCAGCAGCUUUGAGUAUUUAAGACGGGGGGAUGUUACAGAGUUGCAAAAGAGUUGGAGUUCUGACCCGAGAACUAUUCAACUAGGCAGGAGCAGCAAAGGGACCAUUGUUCAAGGUGUGCGUUCGUUGUCGCUGAGCAAAGUUGACGCGGCCUUGCCAUUCGCGUCAGCACUAUUAAAACACGAGCGCGUACCCAAUUGGCUCAAGGCGUCGCAAGAACAAACUGUGGCCAUGGUAGAGCCGCCCAAGUACCUCCAAGAGGCUCCCAAGCGGAAAGAUUUCUGGAAAUAUUCUGCGGACGGGACCGAGAUGUCCCCUGCUGGCUGUUUUUCGAUUCUUUCCGAACCAUCUUUGGAAGAUUAUGCCGCCGUGUUGGAAACCCAAUGCCACCUUCGUGAGCUAAAGUUGCUCAACGCCGUCAAGGGAGCCGAGGUUCAUCGAUUGAUCAAGUCCAUCCAGCCACUCUCGGAGCAAGACGAGUGCCGGGAGUUCAUCAACGACCUCAUCAAUGGCCUCAAGUCAAACAACAUACUCAUUUUCAGGGGUCUCAAUACGGGCUUCAAGGUCCCAGAUGGGAAUUCCUACUUCCAGGGCGUUUGCAAAGCCCGUGACGAGACUGACCAUCCGGCCAUCGACAUCUACAUUUCGCACUCCGCACCCAACGACGCCAGUGUUGUACUUCACACCUGGCUUGCUCAUCACGGGGUAUCCCGCGCGACCUGUCUCGAUAUCGAGACGCGUCUAGAAAGCCUGAACGGACUUUUCCACGGGAGUAGGCUUCCGAUAAGCAUUCGCAGCGCCAUAGAGGCAGGGACGUAUGCCGAGAUUCUUCAAUUACUGCAGCAGAUGCGUGUCGCACACCUCGAGGACCAUUGGAAGUCGCCCAUAAAAUCCUUUUGCGAGUCUCGUUUGACCACUCAAACGUCGAGAUUAUCCUGGUACCAGACGCAUGCCCGUGGCAUAUUGGACGGCUCCAUCUCCGUACGGGAUAUGCUGCUAAGGCGCCUUGAAAUCUAUGUCAUGGAAGGAGCAAGUGAACUGCCUUUAUUGGAGAACUUGGAGGCCCUUUACGAGUUGAUGAGCAACAAUAUUCGCGAUGCUCUCUUUUACGGAGAUCGAGAGAAGCUUAAUGCGCUGACCGACGCCCUGAUCGACGUAUUCGGCUCGGACACCCUGGGCGAAGCGGCCGAGCAAGUCGACGUAAACGCUGACAUGUUUGCCCUCAUGUUCUUCUCCAUUAUGAGAAAGGAAGCGUUCGAAGAAGUGUACAUCGAGUCAACCGAUCGCUGCCCCAUUUUCCUUUGUGCUGACCAGGCCGCAGUCUUCUCAGAGCUGUGGGUGCUAGGGUCUCAGUGCGAAAUCUUCCUGGGUGUCUUGCCUCGCGACCUCGGCGAUAUCAUUUAUGAUCGAUACCGCAGGUUCCUCAAAACCUGUCCUCCAGUUGCCGCCGAUCGGAAUGGCAACGAGAUCAUGACAAUGUACUCCACAACUGAGGCCAGUCCGCCUUCCAGAGAACCAAAGUCCAAGGAGGAGAAUACCGAAGCCGUCAGCCAGGGGCUCUCGAUGCAUGAGCGCUUCGAGUUGUGGAAGAAGCACUUCGCCGCGGUCGGCGCCAUUACCAUCUUCAGUCUGCCAGCCAUUAUAGACGUCUUGCUUCUGACUUUCCUUGGACGCGGCUUGUUCAUGACAGCAUUCAUGGACCCGUGGCACAUUGAGGCCGCCGCGUAUGCCUUGCUCAUCUCUCUUCUGCUGACUGCCGGGGUCACCGGCUGGGUUGGAAGCACAGGUUCCUAUUACUUGAAUCAUUACGCAUAUGAGAAUAUGACUCAUUUCCACGUGCAGCGUUUAUCAGGAGGUUUCAUGCUCACCAUGCUCGUCGCUAUUGGCGGCUUUAUCUGCUUCACCAUCGCCAAUUCCGCUACGACGGGCCUUGUCUUUGUUGCCUAUGUCAUUGUUGUCACCACGUACCUUAACCUGCUGGGUGUUAUGGCCACGAUGCACCAAACCGGCAGUCCAGUGACCUCGGGACGCACCGUCUUGUGGAGGACGAUACCCCUUCUUUUCAUAUCACCUGUCCUGACGUCCGUUAUUAAUGGGCACGAUGUUGCAAUCUAUCUUCCCAUUGCGUGCGCGACUAUCCUUCUGCUGUUGUACCAGUAUCGCCGAUUGUGUCAUGAGUGGAAUGGGUGGAUGAGAAACAUUCCUAACGUCACGGAAAAGGACAUGCUCGCCUGGUUCAAGUCCAAACUGGGCAGCAUCAACUAUGACAAUGAAGCACAUCCGGACGGCUUUAGUAAGAUGGCGCAAGAGGCCCUUCAUGACGCAGUUACAUGCUACGCGCGACGUAGUGGCGACAGUAGCUUUGCUGAAGUCAAGAAUGAUACCUUUGUUAAACACGUCGCUGCCGGUAUGCCUUACAUAGACUGGCUGUUCAAAAAGACAAAUCCUAACGGCAACUUGCCCGACACGUUCAGCAGCGGUUGGUAUACUCAGCUGGGCGGGUCCAAGAAGCAGCAAGAGCAACUGUCUCGAGGGCUAAAGGAGCACAACAUUCUCAUGCUGUUUCGUGAUGCCAAGUACGACUUGGGACAGAACGUAGGCCUCUUCCUGAUCGCGCUGAUGGAUCGCUGGGUCAACGUCAUUAUGAAUAAUGGGCAUCCCGGACGGAGCAUCUACACCGAUUCUCGCGCUCGAUAUGCCGUCUGCCUUUGCGUCCUCUACUUUUUGGUUGGAGUCGUAGUUUUGGACCUGACUCUUCAAAAGCACUGGGCUUUUCGCUUUACAUUGUCAAAGGAUAAACUCGUCGACCAUCACCAUGCUCAAAGAGUUGCUCACCAGUGGGAGCGAGUGCGUCACCAAAAAUUAGUCGCUGCCCUGCUGGAACUCUUCACAAGGCUCCUCUUUCUUUUUGGAAUCACGACCCUACUUCUAUGGAUGCUCGUUGACAAUCCAGAGUCAAUACUGCUUUACUAUCUUUACGUUGCUGGAUACACAGGGGUGAUAUUGUUUCAGUUUAAUCGCUGCUUCACCACCAAUGUACACGGCCAUGUUUUCAUCAUUCUUGGCUCCUCCAUUGUUGGUUUUAUUGUAGGCUGUGUACUUCAUGCACACCCCAUGAGCGCCGAGUGGCUAUACUCUGAUGUCGUCGGUCAGAACGUCGCCGCUCUGUUGGCUGCCUUUGGAACGCUUCUGUGGACUUGGAAAGAUUGGUUCGCCCCGACGCAGGCUACACCGGCGCUUCAAUUAUCGAAGCAGACGGACAUGUUCUACGCCCAGCGCAAGCUCGAAGCAGACCCUGGCAUCGAAUCCGGAAUGUCGAUUCGGCGCUUUGUCAAGUCGUCCGGCCCGCGCUUUCGGCACGACGACGGUUCUUUUCUUAGUUGGAAGAUUAAGGACAUUCUCAUCACAAGCUUGAUGACACCAAACUCGACAUCAAGGGCUUGCGAAUGGGCGAGUGAGUUUAUUCAAAUAGCUUUCCAAGCAUGGGAGGAAGGUAGAGUCGAAAUCAUGGUGGUCGACCGGGAGAGCUUCCUUGAUGCAGGGUUGCAGCAUCUCUUCUCGUUCAGCCAAGAGGAUGGCGACGUCCUCAAAAUUACUGCUGGAUUCUUCGGCGACUAUGAGCUACGCUUGCCGGCGUGGCAAAUGCAGCUGGCGCAAAUGAUCGCAGAGUCCCUCAUGUACCACGUAGCUCGUGUCGAGAUCGGGCUGACACACUCUCAAGCGGUUCACACAGAGCACUUUCUGCACGGGACCUCACCCAUGUCCAAACGCAUCCAAUUUGAACUAGCUUUGGCCGAUGUGGACACUCUGCGGCGGACUAUCCACCAGACAAACACAGAGAUGUUGCGCCGUCUUGCCCUCGACGUCAAUGUCGACCUUGCUUGGCAUACUCUCCCCCCCAGCGUGAGGGAAGUGAUAAUCAGCCGUAUCACUGGACGGGAAGUCAAGUUGACAAAGGAGUUUGACGAUUGGCAAACAGCCAAUAAUGUGGACGUGGAUACUAUCGACUUUCAUCUUCGGCUGACGCUUGAAAUCUUUCGCGCCUGCAAGCAACGAUGUGAUGCAUCGACGGAUUUGAGCUUGUCAAUGGAUUUCAAAGAGUCGCUGCCCGCCGCGGAGUUGAUACCCGUCAAAAUACCCAGCGGUAUGUCCGGGGUCCCCAUCCGUGGCUAUUUUCGACGCUUCACUGCCGUUCCCGUCACAUUUGCCAGAUGGGUGGCACUGAUAAGCGGCGGAGGAUCAAACAUAGAGCGUGAGCUGUGUUACGCCCUUCGCUGGCUGCCCUUCAAGCGCCCGGUAGUUUGGAUAAUUCUUCGAAUUUGGAAGCUAUGUUGGGCCAUGAGGAACUUCUGGAUCUACUAUUUCUUGAUCUACCACCGUUCCGCAGUCGCCAGACUAGUUCGCCUUACCCGCAAAGGAGCGUUGCGUAUUAUUGAAAAGAACUCGAUUAUUGUAGAAAUGUCCCGGAAAACCGUCACUGGGUUUGCAACACACAACGAGCGUGGGAAUUUGGUCUUGGAAGUCUUCGAAGGACGGCUCGGCGAAGCCCCAGAAGAUGAGCCCCCUGUGUUCAAGGCGACCUACGACGACAAGCUGCGCCUCAAAAGCAGAACUGACCGAGAUGGGACUACAUUCACGUACAAUUACCGCUCGACAAAGAUGCGCACCUGGCCCGUGUCGAGAGGAAUCGUCGGCUCCAAUAACCGGGCGCUGGGGUUGUACGAUAAACAAGGCCGUCUGGAGAGUGGCACCAUGAUGCUUGGGCCCAAGCCUUUGGCCUUCUUCUAUCACUACAAGACGACGCCUGAAAAUAGCAGUGACAUUCUUCGAGCCGACUUCCAACUCCUGGACUCAUCAUCGGACGACAAAUUGUCCGUGUUUUGGGGCAAGCCCUUGAGUGACGGGGCCGAGUGCUACAACUGGGCGCCGUCCGAGAAGAUACACCGAAUAGUACGAGUUACUGGCGGCAAGACUUACGCCACCGAGAUUGAGUACCAUCAUCGCCGUGACCCCAAAAGCUUGACGUAUCUGGUAGAAGACGGCGUGUACAAAACCAUUGUCGCCGUCGUGCCAAAGGUCUUUCCCCAAGAAGACUCGCUUCUUUGCCGCCCUCGAAAUAUCUUGUUUGACGGGGACGACCUGCUCAUCCACCACAGUGUUGGCCAGAUCAACAUAAUGAGGCAAUACGCGACCAAGAAGCUGUCAAUCAUGUCUCGUCUGAGCUCGCUGGCCUGGUGGACCAGACGAGUCCAUCUCCCUGUGGCAACUUGGCUAUCCCGCACCGAGCUAUGGAAUGCCUGGUUGGGAGGUAGUCUUGACGCCGUCACUGCCUGCUGGAUCGAUGAAAUGAUUCUUCGUGAAGAGCCUCUGCUGCGCAAAUACUGGCGUGCUAGGGACAGUGGAAACCUCGAUGCUGCGCGGGAAUCUUUGGAGGACAUUGACCAGAUCGUGGCCGCCAUCGAAAUCGAGACGGACGUGUCGGAAGUCUGUUUGCUUCCCAUCAGGUCCGCGGACCUGUUUGCCAUGGGUCUUGGAAAGGACGCCAACCAGGUUACAAACAGACCCCAAGACUGCUAUCGGGAUACGAAAGAUCGAGUUUCCGUCAUUGUCAACGACAUCGGCUGCUGGCCAGAAGCACCAGGCGGUGUUUCCAACUGCAGACGAGAUCUGGUCAACGGCCACGGCACAAUCAGAAACCACGUCAUGGCCGAGUGUGCAAACGAAUUUGGCAUACCGCGCUUUCAAAUCGAAAGGAAUGUGCAGUCUCUCAAACUACUGCCACUCUGGGGCCUCGACGGCAAGACUGCUAACCACGGGUUGAUUGACAAUAUCCUGCAGUCUGAGGUGGACGACCACAUCUGCGACACAGACGUGCAACGAGAUAUUGCCCGAGUCUUUGUCCCCUUGCUCAAGGCCUUUGUCAAGGGUGCGCGCACGAAAGAUUAUACUCGUGCCACGUUGGCCGCUUGUACCAACGUCAUGCUGUCCAUGUCGAAAUACUUUGAAAGCAAGGACUAUAACAAAACUUGGUCGUCGAAGCAGGUCGAGGAUGCUUGGGUUGAGGCCUGGCUCGUGUCGUAUGAAGACCCCAACAUCCAGGAUCCCUCCGAGUACUUUGACAUUGCACGCCCGACAUUGUUCGACUUCCGCGAGGCAUUGGGCAUAUACAUUGCGUAUCUCUUCAUCUUCUCGGUCAAGAUACCCGAGGAAUGCCCACGUGUCUUCCAGAGUACGCACCACGGCAUAAGCAGUUUGCUCGGCAUCAUUCUCAAGUACCGCCGAGGCGUCGCCUUUGGCAUAUGGGACCAUGCAAUCCUUUGGCGCGAGUCCUGCUUAAACAUCAGCCCGGCACAAUGCGAACUGCCACUUUCAGUCCAGUUCAUGCUCCUACACGGCAUCCGUCUAGCCAGUCGCUUGUCCUACUUUCACGCCGAUGUCAUUACACCGUGCACCUCGCUGUUCAACCCCAUGUGGGAAACAGAGAUCGGCAGUGAUAGGGGCAACAUCUGCAACAGGAAUUUGUUUAGCCGCAAAAUUGACCCCAUCGUCAACGGCAUCAGCAACAUGGACUCGUUUGAACCAAUCGACAAGGUCAGAACUGACAGGCCCACUGCCGUGAUGCUGUCCAAUGUUCAGUUCAUCAAGGGCAUCAAGACGGCCAUCCUCGCUGCGGAUAUUAUUGUCAACCGCUAUGGCUUUAAAGACUACCGCCUCAUGGUUUAUGGAGCCAAGGACCGCCAACCGUCAUAUGCUCUCGAGAUGGCGAAGCUUAUCGUUAAACACAACCUUUCAGACAAUGUUAUUCUCGCGGGUUUUGGCAAGCCCAAGGAGGUCCUCAAGGACGCAUGGAUUUUCAUGAAUUCGUCCAUCUCGGAAGGUUUGCCGUUGGCCAUUGGCGAGGCCGCACUGGCGGGCGUGCCCAUCGUCGCAACAGAAGUUGGCGCAACAGCUCUAGUCAUGACAGAUCCAAACGAUGCAGAAUUGCGGUAUGGCGAAGUGGUGGCACCAAACGACCCAGUCGCUUUGGCCAGGGCGCAGCUGAAUAUCCUCUGCAUGAUCGGCCCCUGGACAAAGUUUCUGGAGGACAAAAGCGAACCACCGAAGACGCUACCCGAAGAAAUCACUGCCCAUGAUGUGCAGAGGCUCUCUGAACGCAUGUAUUCCAAGGCCGGUGACCGUCGCAAGCUCGGCCUUUUGUCUCGCCAGGUCGUUUUGGAGAGCUUCCACGGCGAACGCUACCUUCGAGAACACGAGCAGAUGUACUGGAUCCAAUGGCACACUGCGAGAAUGCGAGCCGAUUUAUUAAAAAGCAGGAACAGGAGAAACUAUACAGAAUUUUCGCUACCGCCUCCAAUGAGGUAUAUAGACGAGUUGACAGCCGAGGAUGAAAAUGGCGCAAUACUGAAGGAUGCCGAGAUCCUUGAAAGAAGCAUCAGGAGGGACGCGUACACCAUAAAAGAGAAGAGGACGCUAUGGCUAGAAGACCUUGAAGCCCAGGCAGCAGAAAAAGACGAUAUGUUGCGGAGAUCUACACCAGAUGUUGUAUAUACAGGCGAGGCAGCCCAAACAGCCGCAAAUAGGUUUACUAAUUGGGCACCGGGAUGA